AAACAUUAAAAAAACUAUUGGCGUUCCACGGUCGAGUGAAGUCCGCAAUCAAACGCAAAAGGAAGGCUAUAGAAAUAUUUUACAUCAGUUUACAAAGUCCGUCUCAAAGUUAAGAUGCCUUUUGUAGUAAGCGGAAUAAUACAUUCCGCCUUUGGUUUACUGCACAGGAACCUACGAGAUUACAUUGCGGAGAGACUCAACGAAGGCGAUUUGACUGAAGAAAAAUGCAGACAGAUUGCUGUUCGCCAAAUCGACGAUUUCAAGUCGAUUCUCGAAGGUUUGUCGAGCCAGAACUGGUAUACCAAUCACCACUUUUUCAAUGGAAUUAACAGCUUGUGUAUUUCUCUCGAAAUCUCUGGUGCCGAAUCAUCUCGUCAUCGGCCCAGCACUUCAAAAGCACACUUACAGGGCAAAUUUAAAGUCGAAGGCGCAACAGCCGCGAGAGUUGAGCAGUUUCCUGUCACGCAAGCUGAACGCGAUGCCUUAGAAAGCGUGUUUGAACUUUCUGAAAUCAUUGGGAACUUAAAAAUCGCAUCGAGAGAACGCCACGACUCGGUCAAAGAGUCUUUUAAAGAAGCUAGGAAGCUUGCAACGGGAACAUUUAACAACGUAGCGUUGAGUACAGAAGAUAGAUUGAUGGCUUGCAAACUUCGCAUUGCCAGCAGAAUCCUCGAAGGCUUAGAGGACCCAGAAGCAGCCGUUCAUGACUGCUUACGCUACCUGAAACAGGUACAGAAUUUACCAGCAGUGCAAGCGAUGUUUUCUGUAUGGCGAGAUCCUGAUAAAGGAAUUAUAUCCCGCUUACGAGCUCGCUUCAACAAAGAAAACGUAGAGUCGAUACAAAUGAUCAAUGUAUUAUUAAUAGAUUUCACCAUCAAAUUUACAAACAUCAAGAUGGGUCUUUUGGACUGGCCAACGAUAAAGAUUGGUAAAGAUUUCUACCAUCCACUGUUGGAACGCCAUGUCUAUGCGCUUCAAAGAAAAUUUGAAGGGAAAAAAACGCAACUUCCUUGGUACGGGUGGAAGUUUGACGAAUGUAUUAACGACGAUGUUUGUGCGCUAACUAGCAAAGGAGAAAUUCUAUCACGCGUACGGGAGGACGGUAAGAGUAUCAAACGCACAAGAAGAAGCGGCGAGCACGAGUUGUUUUGUACCAUUCCUUGGAACAUACGCUGUUUUGCUGUCGAUGAAAAUGAUAACGUAUACAUCAUCGCGGAAAUCCCGCCAUGCAGUAAAAAUGGUCCUCCUCGAUAUAAAUUAUUGACCCUGGAUUCCGAUAGUAGCGUAAAGGCGGACAGAUUUCUUGACGUGAUUGAAGAAAAUCUGAUUGAUACACAAAUGAGUAUGACCAAAGAUGGUAUGAUUGUGAUCUACGGUUACACCAGCAGAAGUAUGUAUAUCUGCGACAGCACAAACACCAGGCAAGACUACAAAUUUCCUUUUCCAUUCAACGAUACAUAUCCCGGCAAGUUAUACCAUUAUAGCUUUACUGUUUCCAAUAAAAAUGAAAUCAUUUUUCUUUUUCACAACGCUGGUGAGAAUCGAAAUAAUAAACACUUCUUGUACAUCAUUACAAUCGAUGGUACGUUACAACGUAAAGUGCAAGUACCCGUUGAACGUAACUGGGGCGUGUUUGCUGUCCCGAGUGCAGUCUUUAAUCAUGUCAAUGAAACAACUCUUGUCAGUUUACAUCGUAGAAAUCUUGCAAAUACCGCAACUACUACGAUCUUCUAUUUCUCAGACACUGGUAAAUUGCUGCAUCAGUUUAAUAUCCGGGGUGAGUAUCGACAGCUCUUAUCACAUCGUACAAACGGACAUAUGCUCUUGGUCAACAAGGAAGAAACCAUUACUCUUCAAAUGUAG